AUGCAUUAUGCCUCGCGUGGUGCAAGGCGGCAAAAUCAGUUGCGUCUGCCACCGGCCCAAAAACCUGGUCGCCUCCGUGUCUUAGCCCGGAGCUUCAGGGGUGUCAAUGAUGCCGUUGGGGACUUCACGAAACGCAACAAUGAGAGUCCAUUGCUUUAUGCUUUACUUUUUGUUGUCGCUCUGCUCAUACUGCUGUUCAUAGUAUUGUUCGUGGUGCUUUUGUGUAUCCUCUUAAGAAGUGACGGGUGGUCAACAAUUGAUGCAUUCUCUUCAAAAACGCACAUUGUGGAGGACCCUGACAAAUCUGCCCUUCUCGAGAUACGCAGGUUGUACGACACAAUAAUGCGAACUGGUUCCGAUCGUGAAGCGACGGCGUUACUGGAAUUUUUAUCGACGUAUCAACGGUCAAUGGAAGCACGCGUCUCGAAGAGCACCCAUGGCGAUGAUGAGAAUGCCGGUGAUAACGGUAAUGUUGGUGACUCCGGGGUACCACAGGGAAAGUCCAAAUAUGCAAGUGAGAAACCGCGGGUCUCCAACGGUACCUCGCUGUCUCAACGUAGUUUCGCGGAGGUGCUGGCCGACUUACGGGAGACAAUACAAGACAUCAUGACGCUGGACCCAGACGUUGGAUUAGAUCGUGCUGCAUUUUUUGUUAAGGAAAAGUUUGGUGCAAGUAACGACGAUCGCUCACAGCGCAUUGACAGUACGGGGAGCCACGAUAUCGAAAGGGGGGAAGUAGAGGCCUUUGAGCCAUUUGAUGAUAUUCUCUACCUGCAACUUCUCUCCUUCUUCGCUAAGGAGGAACCCACGCGUUCCAUAUCGUCUGCUGAUCGUCUGUGGUGGAGGCGGAAGAGAAUUUCAGCUCCCUCAGUAAUGGAGGGCCGGUUUUAUUACCCACUACGGCGUUUUCACCGGAUGCAAUCCUUUUCUCCUGAUACUAUUAGCACGGUCGCUGCAUGGUUCGAUACCAUGGCACUUGAUUACUAUGGAGAAGAGAUGGAACCAUUCGAGUCGUCAUUGCAGCAAUCAUACGAAGGUGCGCAAGUGUCUAACCAUAGCGGGAGCAGUCCUGAGAAUCCUGAAAUUAAAGAGCACGCCGUAUCCUUCUCGCCUUCUCAUACAGCCUCCAUAUUUGUGAGUGUAGCGAGUUUUCGAGACGUGGAGUGCCACUCGACGUUGCAGCAGGUGGUGCACCGCGCGACAAACAUGUUUCGUACGUACGUUGGUAUAGCAGAGCAACACAACAAGUCAGACCCGCCGUGUCUGUCAUAUGAUUUGUUUCAGCCCACACUUUGUCCUUCUGCCGCUAUUGCAUCCGACACGGCAAGUGCAAGGGCUGCCUUCAGUGAUGUGUUGUGUUUCCCAAUGGACAACAUUAGGUUAAGGCACAUUGCACCUGAUGCAGCCCGAGGGCCAACGUAUGGUCGUUACAUGACGAUGCUGCUGUACCGUGGAGAGGACUAUGUUCUUAUACUGGAUUCGCACACACGUUUCGUUUAUGGCUGGGACUCACGUGUAGUUGCUAUGCAUAUGUACUUACGCCACCCACGGAUUGUUCUUUCCCACUACCCUGAGGGAUUUGAAAAGGAGCUCUCAAAUUUCACAUAUGAACGGACCACCACUGUUUACCUUUGUCGUGCUUCAUUUAUUGAAUCAGAUGGAUAUGUUCGGCUAGGAGGCAUUCUUGUUAAUGAAGAAAAUGUUAACAAAUUCUCCCACCAAGGGCGGGUUUUGCGCUAUGCCGCUAAGGGUUUCGGUCGCAAACCAGACGCGGAUGUCAGUCGACCGCUGCCACAGCCAUGGGCAGCGGGUGGGUUUCUCUUCGCUAGAGGUUCUAUUAUGCGUGAGGUUCCCCUCGAUCCUCAUCUCCCCAAUACCUUCGAUGGUGAAGAAGUGUUGUAUUCCGUGCGGCUGUGGACUCAUGGCUAUGAUAUCCACUCCCCCAACCGUACUAUCUGUUAUCAUGUGUACACCCGUAAUGAUCAGCCGAAGGUGUGGAAUAACAACCCUCUUUGGUCCAGUUUGCGUUUGCGAUCGAGGGAGCGCAUCCAGUGUCUGCUACAGACACGAGAAAAGGGGCAGACGGUACCAAAAGUCCCGGUAAAUACGACAGAUCCGGCGGUGACAAUCGACGUGGAUCGCUACGGUAUGGGACGAGUGCGAACGGUGGAGAACUGGUACCGAUUCGCUGGAUUGGAUCCUGUGCGCUACACAUUCGAUGGCCGAUGGUGUGGCAAAGGUAAGAUUUAA